GGAGGGGGUAAGUUGAGUUCGGGACUGCAGCCCGUCCGCUCCGCUCCCUCCUCCGCUGGUAUUCCAGGAAUGUGUUGAUCAUGGCGGCCGCUGUGAAGCCCGUGAAGAGCGGACUGCUGGAGCUCCGCGUUACCGUUCACCACUGGAUCCGCGUGCUAGCCACUCUCUGCGAGGACUCGUUCACCGUGAGCCCCGGAGAAACCGCCGAUGAGUCCGCGAACAGCUGCACGCCCGCGCCCGGCGGGGCUGUUAACGGGGAUCCGGCGAACCUCAGCGCCUCCCUGGUACCGGACACCAUCACGAACGUCAAACGAACCGUCCGAGUCACCAAACAAGAAGUUGGAGGACUCGGAAUAAGUAUUAAAGGUGGUAAGGAGAAUAAGAUGCCCAUCCUGAUCUCAAAGAUCUUCAAAGGACUUGCGGCGGACCAGACGGAGGCUCUUUACGUGGGCGAUGCGAUUCUGUCCGUGAACGGGUGCGACCUCAGGGAGGCCACUCAUGACGAGGCUGUUCAGGCCCUGAAGAAAACCGGCAAAGAGGUCAUUCUGGAAGUGAAGUAUAUUAAGGAGAUGUCAGCGUUUUUUAAGGGCGGAUCAUCAGCGGGACCUCCGGUGCUCGAUUCUCCUCCAGCCACCCCACAGAAACAGACGGACCCCGCCCUUAAAGAGACCCGGACCAUCCCGCUCCGAAUGUGCCAGGUGACACGCAAACAGUGUCCGCCUGACACAGAGGACAGGUAUUUUGAGGUGGUGUCGUCAGACAGGAAGAAGUGUGUGUUUCUGCGGGCUAAGGAUCACGCUAUGGCUCAGGCCUGGUAUAACGCCAUCCAGACCGGAAGUGCAGCGUUACUGAGCAGCGCCAAAACUGAGCUGAAAGCCCUGCAGCCGAGUCUGGAUGUCAUGCACAUCGGCUGGAUCAUCGAGCAGGGCUCAGAGCGACCAAUCCUGGCGGUGUUGACGGACAGAGAUCUGCUGCUGUACGGAUCCCUGCCCGACAGUAAAGAGACACUCAACAGCCCAGACAAGAGCUAUCCUUUAAUUACCACCAGGCUGGUUCAUUCUGGACCGGGUAAGAGUUCAUCGGUCCACGACUCGGAGCUGACAUUCGGCCUGCGUUUGGGCACUAAACAGGGUGUGGAGACGCAUCUGUUCAGAGUAGACACGGCCAAAGACCUGUCCACCUGGACGCACCUGCUGGUGGAGGGCUGCCACAGCGCCGCAGAGCUCGUGCAGGAGGUCACGACAGCGUGCAGCUGGAACGGGAAGUCUUGUAUGUUGAGCGUUCACAUAGACAAAGGCUUCUUGUUGUUCACGGAGGAGGCCGGCGUCAGGAGGAACGUCCUUCUCCAGCAGCCCUUCGAGCGUCUGCGUAUGUCCUCAGACGACGGCGUCCGCAUGAUGUUCCUCGACUUCGGAGGCCCAGAAGCUGAGAUCCAACUGGACCUUCACUCCUGCCCUAAAACCAUCGUCUUCAUCAUUCACUCUUUCCUGUCGGCCAAGGUCAAGCGGCUGGGGCUGUUGGCGUGACGACGGCGCUCGGAGACCCCGCCUCCACAGGACAAACGCCAUGACGACGGAAGUGACCGGUGGACCAGUGGACAUCAAGCCAAAUCUUCCAUCACAGACUGUCACGGGUCAGUGUUGAGACGCGGACGGCCCAGACCUGCAGCCAUUCAGAGAUGAUUUCACGCUGUUUUCCUCAUAGCGCCGACCUUUUAUUCAUUAUCAUUUUAUUGGUUUGUAUCUCAGCUAAACUUUAUGAAUGUUUAAAAAAGAAUCACAUAAUAAUAUGCUAUAAGAGCAGCAACAGAAACAAAACAAGAGAUUAAACUCUGUUCCAGAACCUACGUAGGCAGCUGUCUAUUAAGGGAGCAUCUAGUCUGAACUGAUUUAAGAUGUUUGAUAAGUGUGAAAAUAUGCAGAAAAAGUCAAAUAAAAUACAAUAAAAAAAUAAAUAAAUAUAUUUAAAAAAAUAAUACAAUUAAAUAAGGUAAAAUAAUAAAAUAAAUACAUUUAAAUAAAAUAAAAAAUAAAUAGUAAAUAAUACAUUUAAGUACUUUUAUUAUAGGUAAAUCAGUAAACUUGAUACUCCAGUGUUAUUUAAAAUAAUUUAUUUAGACUCAUCACCACCUUUUAUAGAUCCCCCCCCCCAUGCUUGUUGCAAUGCAUUAUGGGACUGCCUUUAACACAAGCAUACAAGUGAUUCUGUAUUCAAAUUUUCCCGACAGCCUUUCAGUGAUGCCUUAAAAGUGCUGUCUAAGAAGGCAGCUCACUAGGUUUUGGAACAGAGACUGUGAAAAACGCAGCUGCUCUGAUCAUGAAAAGGGCUUUAACGUUUGGCAGCUGAGAGCGUUUAAGAAAUAAGAUCUCAGAAUUCACCUUUCUAUGGUGAGAAAUAAGGGGUAUUUCUAAUUUGACUACCUUCUGACCUAUAAAUAUAACCUUUUAAGACACGUCGUCUUCCAGAAUAUCUGCUAUGAAUCUAUGCAUCUGUGAAGGGAGAGAAUCAACCGGCCAAACCCUUAUUAAAGGUACCGUUACUAUAUUCAUAUACUAUAUGGUAUAUGGCUUUUGUUUGGGAAAUAUGGUUAAGUGUCUUUCUCUUUGUGUUUCACAAGCCAAAACUACAAAUAAAACUCAAGUGAGAAUCAUAAUUCAGAUUAAGAUUUGGAUAAACCUUCACUAAAAGUGAAAAGUCUGUGUACUGAUUUUAAAUAACUGUGUUAUACUGACCUCUAAUGGGCGUAAUGAGCAUUACAAGCAGUAUGAGCUAAUCUCUCUGGCUGUGUUUACAAUGAUAUAUUAACAUACUGCAUACUAGUUUUACCAGUUUGGAUGUUAACAUGAUGCUAACUGAUGCAAUAAUGAACCUAAAAAUAAAAUUGUCCAUUGUAAUUAAAAUAAAAAAAAUAAUUACAGUAAAUUGGAUUCAAAAUAAUUAAAUUAAAUUAAAUUAAUCAGUAAACAUUUCAGUGUUUAAUUUAUUUUUUUUUGUAUAAUUUUUUUUAUAAUAAUUUCUCUCAACCAGAGCACUCUGCACUGAAUGCUCUAUCCCAUAAUGCAGUGCCAUUGACUUUCCAUUUGCAUGAUAAAUGCACCAUAAAUAUUAGUUGUGAUGUAUUAACAUACUGCAUACUAGAUUUACCAGUUUUGAUGUUAACAUGAUGCUAAAUGAUGCAAUAAACCUAAAAAUAAAAUAAAAUUGUAAUUAAAAUACUCUAUCCCACAAUGCAAUGGCCUUGACCUUCCAUUUGCAUGAUAAAUGCACCAUAAAUAAUAUUAGUUGUGAUGUAAAACAACUUUUUCUUGAAGCAUCAUUUGUUUAGAUGCCUAAAACUGACAUUUUUAGACGUGCUUGCAUUAAAAAUUCAUAAUAUUUUCUUGGAUAAGCAGAUGCUGAAAUAAACGUGUUUAUUGUUGCACAAUGCAUAUUGUGUUUACAACAGCAGGAAGUAUGCAGUAUGCUAGUGUUGCAUUGUAAACACAGCCUCUUUUAUGCAAUAUCAUCUUGUUUUGUUAUUUUUCUUUGUUUUUUACCUCCUCCUAUCUGAUUUAUGUGAGUAAUUAUGAAUUCCUCGUAGACGUCUUUCUGUUUUCACAUUUGUGCCGUUUGAGUUCUGCUCCAGCUGCAUCGUGACGGCGAUAUGCAAGUGUUUUCUGCUCAGAGACGGCCUUUUACAGGUGGAAAAUAUCCUUCAUGUGGCCUUUUUUAAAUUCUACUAAAUUUUAAUAUAUUAUAAUUCAACUAAACUAUAUUCGAACUAUGUUAGCUAUCGGAUGGAAAAUCAUAUUAUAUCCUUAUUUAAACAAAAGAGUGCCUUUUAGGGUUGUUUGUAUAUAAAAUUGCAAUAAAUAUAACUGUUGACUUGA